GGAUCUGAUACUCUCAUUGGUGCAGGGGCGUGGCCUAGAAUUAGUUGGGGAAGGCAGACACAAUUGAUUGACAGGCAGAGACCACCAAUAGGUGCAUUUUCAUAGAAUGACUCACCCCUUAUAGGGAUAAUAUACACCACUGGGGGACAGACUGACAGAGGCAGAUAGACAGGUAAAGUGCAUUUAGAAUAUGAUUCCCUCUCUGCCAGUCAGCCAAGUUAGGUAGUUUCCCGACUUUUAACCCAGCUGGUCUGCUCCACUGUGGGGAGUGCGGAGAGGAUGUCUCUCCUCAACAUGAUCCUGAUAAUUCUCUGGCUGGUCACAGACCUGCAGGCUGCAGUGAGGGCUGAGGUCACCACAGUCAGUGUGUGCGAGGGCCAGACCGUCACCCUACUGAACAAGAUGAGCAAGGAACCGAGAGACGUUCAGCUUCUGUGGACGUUCCAAUCGGCCGGUCUGGAUCAGUUUGAGACCCACGACGUGGUCCUGAUCCAUAUCAUUGAGGGACAGAUGGAGAGGUACGAUAUGCAGAGCUUUCGGGGAAGGCUGCAGGUGGACAAGGGGACCGGAUCUCUAACCAUCCGGAACCUAUCUUGUGCCGACUCUGGGCUUUACCAGCUGCAGGUCAUCAACGGAAAAGUCUCGUCCCACCACUUCAACUUGACUGUUAUUGUGGCGGAUGGUGAGGACAACAGCUACAUCUAUGUGGCAGCCAACAGUGCCACUAACCACUCAGCCAAUCUCAGCCUUGAGGAGCUGUGCUCUCACCAUACAGAAUCUCCCUCUCUCUCCUCCAUCUCUCACUCACUGCCUCUUCCUUUAUGUCUUUACUACUAUCUCUCUUUCUGGUGUGGCCUCUUUCAAUUCAUGGCAUACAAAUAUUAUUAAACUCCUGUCUCCUGUUGCCUCCAUCCUCUCUCACUCCAUCCCCUCCACUCUUAUUCGCCUUCCUCUUUCACUCCCUUCUAUCUUCUAUAUUUCUCUUUUUCCUUUUUCUCGCCAUCUUCUGCUCUCCUUUCUUUCGCUGUCUCCCCCAUCUCUCUUUCUCUUUUUCUCCUAUUCCUCUCUCUCCCCUUCUCCCUCAUCUUUUGUCCUCCUCUAUCUCUUUCUCUCCCUCUGCCUUCCUUACAGUGUCAUGUGCCUGUUCUAUUACCUACACCGUGGCCUUCGUACGAUUGGUUCUCACAGUUCUGGUGGGAGUGGGCCUGGCUGUGGUUCUGUUCCACCACUUCCGAGCCAGAAGAGAGGGAGGUGACCCCCAGAACACAGACAGG